AUGACCACUCCAACAUUUAUCAACAUCCAUGACCCCAGCGCCAUAGAUUCAUCGAAGAAGAAACGGAAAAAGCACAAGAAUUCGCGGUUAGGAUGCUUGAAUUGCAAAAAAAGAAGGAUAAAAUGUGGUGAAGAGUUGGAUAUCUGCUAUAAUUGCAUGGAAAGGAACUUGGUGUGUAAUUUCAUCGACUUGCCAGAACUGCAGAAAAUGAAGCUCAAAGGAUGGGAACAGAGGAAACCGCAGAAUAUGGAUACCGGGGAUUUAGAAGAAGAGUUUCAGGAGCUUAAAAGACAAGGGUAUUUAUUUGCUGCGGAAAAAUUCGAUGUAGAUUGCUCUAAAUUAUUGAACGAAAGACCACUACCCCCGGAACAAACCCUAUGCUCAACUAUAGAUUGGGAGGCUGAAAAGUCUGGGGAAUCUCCAUCAGUUUCCACAUCAUCAUCAACAUCAUCAUCAUCAUCAUCAUCCUCAUUGCCAUUAAUACCGUCACCAUCAGUAUCAUCAUUAUCAUCAUCAUCACGUCCAAAAUCUAAGUCUGCUAAGAGAAAACCGGCCAUUGAACCAAAACCACAAUUCACAGUAAAUCCAAUAUACCGAGUAAAGCCAAAAUCAGCAUACAAACAAUUUGCCCCAACCAUAACCCCCAAUAUGAAAUAUUCCCCACUCCCGAACUCCACAUAUGAACCCACCUUGUUCAGAUUAAACAAACUCAGCCGUCAUAAGUGGUUUUAUGAAGUGCUAAAAUCCGACGAGCUUUUUGUGUUGUGCGGGGAGGAUGAUGUUGAGUUUGCCCAGUAUCGACGAGGACUCGAAAAUUGGUUCCAAGCUUUGAUCGAUUAUGGGUUUGUCUCGAAAAUUUCAUUUCAUGAAGAUAUGACAUUAUGCGGUAGUCUCAUAUUGAACCAACUUUCCAGACCAUCCAGAAAAAAUCAUUGUCUAAAUCAUGACAUCGAUGUCUUGAAAAAAAUUGUUCUAUCACACAAGUUGACAGGCUUACAACUUGCCCAAGAUGUCAUUGACACAAUAAACCAGCCCAAAACCAUUUCUAGUCAUCAAUAUCUCUCGGCAGUUCAUAAAAUCAUGGCUUAUUCAAUGGUUAGUUUGGCAGCAUCCAUGUUUCAUGAACAAGACUUCAAGACUUUAUUGGCAUUCGUUGGGGGCUUCAUUUCUACCUCGCUAUCAAAACAGGUGAUUUUACGAUUUAGAACCAUUUUACAAGAAGACCAUAUGAGCAAUUAUUCGGUAUAUCCAGUGCAGCUACUACGAAGGAUUUUUCCAUUCAUUCACAGUUACUAUAUGAGAAAUGUCGCAUCGCUAUACGUUCCAAAUUUAAAUGCCGGUCUCGUGGUAGAGAUCUAUGAUGAUUUGGUGGAGUUUCAAGUCCACGUGCAAGAUAUGAUCAGUACUGAAGUGCUCAUCCACUUGCAUGAAUUACGAGUCUUCCUAGAUGAAAUGGUGAUCAACAACAAGGAAUUGUUUGCCUCCUAUGACCCAUCAAGGGCCAUUUCGUACUCCCCGGGAGUUUUGUACACAUUAUUAUCGAAAUUCACUGCACUUUAUCCACCUACGGGAUUAUACAUUUUCCAUAAUUAUGGGUCUUUAUCGGUGAUUGAAAGAAUCUCCCAGUUGUAUUGGCUAGUUAUAAAUUCGUUGCUUGAUACCAUGUUUCCUGAAGUUUUGUAUCUUUUCACCAUAAAAUUCUCAGGAUUGGUUAGAUUUGCCGGAAUUGAUAUCAGAUAUCAAGAACUGAUCUUGGAGGAUUUAGACCUCCUUUACAAAUGGCAAAAUCCUCUGCUCUAUGACUACUUGUACCGAAAAACUUUCUAUUUGACCAGAUGCUUGUCGUACGUGUCUUAUAGAUGGAGAGUCUAUGAUCGAAACUUGGUGAUCAAAAACCCUUACCCUGAUACCCCAUUAUUCCUGAAAGUUCAAUUGGAAUCUCGGAAAUUACCAUUUUUGAAAGAAGAACAAAUCACCAGUUUAAAGCAGGCUAACAUCAAGUAUGAGAAUUAUCCGAGAAAUGACAAGCAUUUCAUUGACGAUAAUUCCCAAGCCGGUUUAGCCAAACCAUGUCACCGAAAAUAUGUUGAGUUCAUUGACGAAGGGUUUGAAAACAACGAAAACCGUGAUCUUAAUUAUGAAAAUGUGCAACUGGUUUUACACCGACGGUUCUGCGGACAGUUCGAUAUAGAAACUUUCCCGUUGCAUUUAAUGAAGUUUUCGGAAUAUGGGUUGAUCAAAAACAUUGAUUUCCGGCCGAAUUUGAAGAACAAUAACAUUAGAAGAUUGCAGAUGGAUGAGGAUUUCUUUGAAAAAAAUGAAAUUGCCUUAAAUAGUUUUGUUUCUGACUGGAACGGAAUCGUGAAACAUUAUAUCUCUGAUGAAAACCAAUCAAAAUGA